AUGGGACCCUUCCUAUCUUCAUUUGGAAAUCAGUACAUUCUAGUGGCAGUCGACUAUGUCUCCAAAAGGGUGGAAGCAGUUGCACGAUCCACCAAUGACUCCAAAGUUGUGGUGCAAUUUCUUAAGAAGAGCAUUUUCACAUGCUUUGGCACCCCUAAAGCCAUAAUAAGUGAUGAGAGGACACACUUUAAGAGCAAGCAAUUUGAGCAACUAUUGAAGAAAUAUGGGGUGAAGCAUAAAGUUACCACAGCUUAUCAUCCACAAACCAGUGGACAAGUAGAAGUUUCCAACAGGGAGAUCAAGAGAAUUCUGGAAAAGUUGUUAAUCCCUCAAGGAAUGACUGCCUUCAAAACCCUUUUGGGAGCAUUUCCGUACCAGCUUGUGUUUGGGAAGGCUUGCCAUCUCCCAGUGGAACUUGAGCACAAGGCAUAUUGGGCUGUGAAGAAGCUUAAUCUGGACAUGCAGGCCGCUAGAGAAAAGAGGCUCAUGCAACUCAAUGAGUUGGAGGAAUUCCGCUUACUUGCUUAUGAGAAUGCCAAGUUAUACAAGGAGAAAACCAAGAAGUGGUUUACUAACUUGAGAGAUAAGAGUGAUGGAAUUUCUUUGGAUGGUGUGGUGAUUGGGAUUUCUAAGAAAUUUAGGUACCUUGGGUCCAUAGUGCAGUGUGAAAGGGAUAUAGAUGAGGAUAUUGGACAUAGGAUUAAGCCCAAUGAUACAAUAAACCCGAGGAAGAAAAAAGAUUAAGGUUUUGGGAAAUUGAGGCAAAUGUCUUCCAUGCCCAGCUCGAGGCAAUCUUCUUUCUUCUUCUUCUUCUUCCUCAACUUAUUUUCUUCUUCUUUCUCUGCAAACCAUGAAGCUUCUCUUCUCUUUUCCUGGCUUCACUCCUCCAAAACUACUUCUUCUUUUAUCUCUUCUUUCUCUAACUGGAACAUUCUGGACGAAAACCCAUGUAACUGGACCUUCAUUUCUUGCUCUCCAAAAGGUUUCGUCACAGAAAUCACCGUCCAAUCCAUUCCUCUCCAUCUUCCUUUACCAGCCAAUCUCUCUUCCUUUCAUUCAUUACAAAAACUUGUCGUUUCUGAUGCCAAUAUCACUGGAACAAUACCAGAUGAACUUGGUGACUGUAAAGAAUUACAAGUCCUUGAUCUUAGUUCCAACAGCCUUGUUGGUUCUAUUCCUAGAACUAUUGGCAAGCUUGGGAAACUUCAAGACUUGAUUUUGAACUCAAACCAGUUAACUGGGAAAAUCCCGGUUGAGAUAAGCCACUGUUUUGGCCUAAAGAAUCUGCUGAUUUUCGACAACCGGCUAAGCGGGGUUAUCCCGGUGGAGCUCGGAAAACUGACUAGCCUUGAAGUGAUUAGAGUCGGUGGGAACAAAGACAUUGUUGGGAAAAUCCCGGAUGAGAUUGGAGACUGCUUAAACUUGACUGUUUUGGGGUUGGCAGACACUGGGAUUUUGGGGUCUUUACCGCCAUCGUUGGGGAAGCUCGGCAGGCUUCAGACACUCUCAAUCUAUACCACAAUGCUGUCUGGUGAAAUCCCUCCUGAGAUAGGUAACUGUUCUGAGCUUGUGAACUUGUUUCUUUAUGAGAACAGUUUGUCUGGUUCUAUUCCUAAAGAGCUUGGUAAGCUCCAAAAGCUAGAGGAGUUGUUUAUGUGGCAGAAUAAUUUGGUUGGGUCAAUCCCAGAGGAGCUUGGGAAUUGUAGUAGCUUGACAAACAUUGAUCUCUCGUUGAAUUCGAUUUCGGGUACUAUUCCAUUGUCCGUAGGAGGGCUUUCAGGGCUUGUGGAGUUUAUGAUUAGUAACAACAAUGUGUCUGGUUCAAUACCUUCCAAUUUUGCAAAUGCAACUAAUUUGGAGCAAUUGCAGCUUGAUACUAAUCAGAUCUCAGGCUUGAUCCCGCCCGAGCUCGGAAAACUGUCCAAGCUAAAUGUGUUCUUCGCUUGGCAAAACCAGCUUGAGGGAAGCAUUCCUUCUACUUUGGCUGGUUGUGCUAGUCUCCAGGCUAUUGAUUUGUCCCACAACUAUCUCACUGGUAGUGUACCACCUGGUUUAUUUCAGCUUCAGAACCUCACCAAGUUUUUGUUGAUUGACAACGACAUUUCGGGUUCAAUACGUCCCGAGAUUGGCAACUGCAGCUCUCUUGUGAGGCUGCGGCUUGGAAACAAUAGAAUCUCCGGCGGCAUCCCUAGCACAAUCGGAGGGCUUAAGAGCUUGAACUUCCUUGAUUUGUCUGCGAAUCACCUUUCUGGGGAGGUCCCACAUGAGAUUGGAAGCUGCACAGAAUUGCAGAUGAUUGACCUAAGCAACAAUACUUUAGAAGGUCCCUUGCCUAAUACAUUGUCCUCUCUGUCGGGACUACAGGUCUUGGAUGUUUCGGUUAAUCAGUUUUCUGGUCAGAUACCGGCAAGCCUUGGUCGCCUUGUUUCGUUAAACAAGCUCAUUUUGAGGGGAAAUUCAUUCUCCGGAUCAAUACCGUCGUCUCUUGGCUUAUGCUUGAGUCUCCAAUUGCUUGAUCUGAGCAGCAAUGAGCUCACAGGCUCCAUACCUGUCGAACUGGGGCGGAUUGAAGCCCUUGAAAUUGCUUUAAAUCUCAGCUGCAAUGGACUUUCCGGGCCUAUCCCGUCUCAGAUAUCUGCACUCAACAAGCUUUCCAUUCUUGAUCUGUCACACAACAAGCUUGAGGGGGAUUUGAUUCCAUUAGCAGGGCUUGAUAAUCUUGUCUGUCUCAAUGUCUCUUACAAUAACUUCUCCGGUUAUCUUCCGGACAACAAGCUUUUCAGGCAAUUAUCACCAACAGACCUUGAAGGGAACAAAGGGCUUUGCUCUUCAAACCGAGAUUCGUGUUUCUUGAGCAAUAUUGGAAGGACAGGACUGGCGAGAAGUGAGAACAACGUAAGGCGGUCACGGAGACUUAAACUGGCAAUAGCACUGCUGAUCACUCUUACAAUUACAAUGGUAGUUAUGGGAGUGAUUGGGGUGAUUAGAGCACGGAGAACAAUUCGAGAUGGCGAGGAUUCAGAAAUGGGAGACUCAUGGCCGUGGCAAUUCACUCCAUUCCAGAAGCUCAACUUCUCAGUUGAUCAAAUACUGAGAUGUCUGGUGGACACCAAUGUAAUAGGAAAAGGAUGUUCAGGGGUUGUUUACCGCGCUAACAUGGACAACGGUGAAGUCAUUGCAGUUAAGAAGCUAUGGCCAACUAGUACAGCAGCCGCAGGCAAUGGAUGUAACGACGAGAAAUCUGGAGUUCGCGAUUCAUUCUCAGCAGAAGUGAAAACACUCGGCUCAAUCCGUCACAAGAACAUUGUUAGAUUUCUGGGAUGUUGUUGGAAUCGAAACACGAGGUUGCUCAUGUAUGAUUACAUGCCUAAUGGGAGCUUAGGCAGUCUUCUCCAUGAGAGGACAGGAAAUGCCUUGGAGUGGGAGCUUAGAUAUCAAAUUUUAUUGGGUGCGUCUCAGGGCUUAGCUUAUCUACACCAUGAUUGUGUUCCUCCAAUUGUUCAUAGAGACAUCAAGGCCAAUAACAUCCUUAUUGGUCUUGAGUUUGAGCCUUAUAUUGCUGAUUUUGGACUAGCUAAGCUGGUUGAUGAUGGCGAUUUUGCUAGGUCCUCAAACACUGUGGCUGGCUCUUAUGGAUAUAUUGCUCCAGAAUAUGGCUACAUGAUGAAGAUCACAGAGAAGAGUGAUGUGUACAGCUAUGGGGUAGUUGUUUUAGAGGUUCUGACAGGGAAGCAACCGAUCGAUCCAACAAUACCGGACGGCUUACAUGUGGUGGAUUGGGUGAGACAAAAGAGGGGAGGCAUUGAGGUGUUGGACCCAAGCCUACUCUCUAGAUCAGAAUCAGAGAUAGAGGAAAUGAUGCAGGCCUUGGGAAUAGCCUUGUUGUGCGUAAACUCGGCUCCUGAUGAGAGGCCAACCAUGAAAGAUGUGGCGGCAAUGCUCAAAGAAAUCAGGCAUGAGAGAGAGGAAUAUGCAAAAGUUGAUGUGCUCCUAAAAGGGUCUCCUGCUGCAAAUGAUGGCCAAGAGAAUAAGAGUGGAGUUUUGGCAACAACUUCAUCUGCAGCGGCAGCAAUGGCGAUGCGAAGUUUGUACACGAAAAGCAACAACACAAGCUUCUCUGCUUCCUCACUUCUCUACUCAUGUUCCUCCAAUGCCAAAAUGGGAUCAAAGUGAGUUGUUGUAUUGAACAACAUAUAGCCAAAAAUCAAGAGAUGUGUGUUACCAUUUUAAUUAGUUUAUUUUAGUUUCAAAGAAGCUGUUUGUUUCAUUGAUGUAAAGAAAAAGGUUGAUAUUUGUAAUAACUAAGUGCAGGGCAAAAAUAGA